AUGGACUUUUUUAAUAAGUGGAGUAAUUUGGCUGCGGGUCCGAGCCUGAGGAACCUGACUUUGGGAGGGUUCGGCCUGGUGGCGGAGACUCAGCACGCUUCUGUUCAGGACCUAACAAAGGCUCAUAUCGAGUCCUUUGACCAGGCGGUGACCGACGGACUGAGCCGCGUCGUGCAGGCCAUCUCUCCCUUGGAGUUUUCUUCAAAAAAUGACAGGAUUAGCCUUGUGUUUGUUGAAGCUACAAUCUACAACCCAGCAGUUGCCAAGGGGAACAUCUGCAAGGAAAUGAGGGUGUUUCCAGCCGAAUGUCGGGGAAGGAGAUGCUCGUACAGAGGAAAGCUUGUGACAGACAUUAGCUGGUCGAUCAAUGGAAUCCCAAAAGGCAUCAUCAAGCAGACCCUGGGUCAGGUGCCUAUCAUGGUGAAGUCAAAACUGUGUAACCUUCAUGGCAUGUCCCCCAAAGACCUCAUUGAACACCACGAAGAAGCUGAGGAAAUGGGAGGCUAUUUCAUUGUGAACGGAAUAGAGAAGGUAAUCCGUAUGCUGAUCAUGCCACGCAGAAACUAUCCCAUCGCCAUGUCAAGACCCAAGUGGAAAAGCAGGGGACAGGGAUACACUCAGUAUGGUAUUUCCAUACGCUGUGUAAAGGAGGAGCACACAGCCAUUAACAUGAACCUGCAUUACCUGGAGAAUGGCACCGUGAUGUUGAACUUCAUUUACCACAAAGAGCUCUUCUUUCUCCCACUGGGCUUUGCACUGAAGGCGCUGGUAGACCUCUCGGAUUUCCAGAUCUACCAGGAGCUGAUCAAAGGCCGUGAGGAAAAUUCCUUCUACAAGAGCUGUGCAUCAGAGAUGCUACGUAUUGUCAUGGAGGAGGGCUGCACCACUCGCAGCAAGGUGCUCGACUACCUCGGAGAGCGCUUCCGUGUGAAGAUGAACCUCCCUGAGUGGUACACAGAUGAGCAGUGUGCCCACUUUCUGCUGGACGAGUGCAUCUGUAUCCACCUGAAGUCAGAUAUGGAGAAGUUCUACCUGCUAUGUUUAAUGACCAGAAAGCUUUUCACCUUUGCCAAGCAGGAGUGCAUGGAGGAAAAUCCAGACAGCUUAAUGUGUCAGGAAGUGCUCACUCCUGGUCAACUCUACCUCAUGUUUCUCAAGGAGAGAAUGGCUGCUUGGUUGGCGUCUGUGAAGCUGUCUUUUGACAAGAGAGGCAGCAGACUGAGUCGACCAUGGAGUGCUGAAAACAUGAUAAAACUGUUCAACAUGGGCACUGACCAGACCAAGCCCUUUGAGUAUCUGCUGGCCACUGGGAAUCUCAGCUCCAGGACUGGUCUUGGCAUGUUGCAGAACACAGGCCUGUGUGUUGUAGCUGACAAACUCAACUUUAUCCGCUAUUUGUCCCACUUCCGCUGCGUGCACCGAGGAGCAGCUUUUGCCAAAAUGAGGACCACUUCUGUGCGUAAGCUGCUGCCGGAGUCCUGGGGCUUCCUGUGUCCUGUCCACACACCAGAUGGAGAACCCUGUGGCCUCAUGAACCACAUGACAGCCAGCUGUGAGAUUGUCGCACAAACUUUGCCCACUACAUCCUUAACCACGCUGCUCUGUUCCCUAGGUGUUACUCCAGUGGAGGGAGCUCCUGGACAGGCUUUUUCAGACUGUUACCCUGUCGUUCUGGAUGGGUCUAUGGCCGGAUGGGUGGAGCAUGAGUUGGCUCCCAUUGUGGUUGACUCAUUGCGUAGGUUUAAGGUAAUGAGAGAGAAGAUCCCUCCGUGGACUGAGGUUGUCCUUGUUCCCAAAACCGGCAAGGCUAGCUUGUACCCAGGCCUGUACCUCUUUACCACACCCUGUCGCAUGGUGCGACCUGUUCACAACCUAGCGCUUGGCAAAGAGGAAUUGAUUGGCACAUUUGAACAGCUUUACAUCAGUGUAGGCAUCAUGGAGAAUGAGAUUGAACCAGGUGUGACGACACACCAGGAGCUCUUCCCUCAUAGUAUGCUGAGUGUGGUCGCAAACUUCAUCCCAUUCUCUGACCACAACCAGAGUCCUAGGAAUAUGUACCAGUGUCAGAUGGGAAAACAGACAAUGGGUUUCCCCCUGCACGCAUUCAUGGAUCGAUCUGAUAACAAGCUGUACCGGCUGCAGACACCACAGAGCCCAUUGGUCAGGCCCUACAUGUACGACCACUAUAACCUGGACAACUACCCCAGCGGCACGAAUGCCAUCGUGGCUGUCAUAUCCUACACGGGCUAUGACAUGGAAGAUGCCAUGAUUGUGAACAAGUCAUCCUGGGAGCGAGGUUUCGCCCAUGGCUGCAUCUAUAAGACAGAGCUUGUGGACCUGGCUGACAAGGUGAAGGGAGAAGAAGGUGUAGUGUUCGGGACCAAACUGGGAGAUACCAGAGUCAACGACAGACUGGAUGGUGAUGGACUGCCCCGCAUUGGGUCAACACUUCACUGUGGAGACCCCUUCUACAGUUACAUCAACCUCAACACAGGCCAGAGCUUCAUCACCUUCUACAAGAACCAGGAGGCCUGUGUUGUCGACAAUAUAAAAGUUUGUAGUAACGACGGCGGCUCAGGCCGCUUUAAGCGUGUCUGCAUCACUGUUCGAAUACCAAGAAACCCAACCAUUGGUGAUAAGUUUGCCAGCCGCCACGGACAGAAGGGGAUCCUAAGCCGUCUGUGGCCGGCAGAGGACAUGCCCUUCACAGAGAGCGGCAUGACUCCUGACAUCCUGUUCAACCCUCAUGGCUUCCCUUCCCGUAUGACCAUCGGGAUGCUAAUUGAAAGCAUGGCUGGAAAGUCUGCCUCCUUGCAUGGCCUAAGCCAUGAUGCUACACCAUUCACCUUUUCUGAGGAGGAAUCGGCACUGGACUACUUCGGUAAAAUGCUUCAGGCCGGUGGCUACAACUACUAUGGAACAGAGCGACUUUACAGCGGCUUGAGUGGUCAGGAGCUAGAGGCGGACAUUUUCAUUGGUGUUGUCUACUAUCAGCGGCUUCGUCAUAUGGUCUCCGACAAGUUCCAGGUGAGGACCACAGGAGCACGAGACAAGGUGACCAAUCAGCCAGUAGGAGGAAGGAACAUCCAGGGAGGCAUCCGUUUUGGGGAGAUGGAGCGAGACGCUCUGUUGGCUCAUGGUUCUUCCUUCCUGCUCCACGAUCGGCUCUUUAACUGCUCGGACCGUUCAGUGACUCAGGUGUGUGUUGACUGUGGCAGCUUGCUCUCCCCUCUGUUAGAGAAACCACCACCCUACUGGUCAGCCAUGCGCCACCGUAAGACCAUCUGUACCCUGUGUGGUAAAAGUGACUCCAUUGACUCGAUUUCUGUUCCUUAUGUCUUCCGCUACUUUGUAGCCGAGCUCGCAGCAAUGAACAUAAAAGUCAAGUUAGAAAUCAAAUGA